AUGGCCAAGUCAAUCGGGGCGACGACCGUGGAAGACUUCGCGGCUGUGAUUCUCAACUGCUACAUCCCUGUCAACCACCAGGCCUGCUCCAUCUCCGACACAAGCACCACCCAAAACGUUGAAGCUUAUAACUCCACCCUGUAUCAUCUCAAGGACGCUCUGCUAUCACCAGAGCAAGUGUUCCUGGAGACUGCGGCCGCAAUAAGUUGCUUGGCUAUGUCAGAACUUCUGUUCUCAACGUCCCAAGAUGCCUUCGGCGCCCACCUCACAGGGCUCGGUGCCCUCAUUGAGUCGCACAAGCCGGAAGAGUUCAGUUCUGAUAUAUUUCACGCCAUCUUUGUGGGGAGCAGGCCUCUUCUUAUUUUCCAUGCCAUCUUCACCCGAAAAUCAACAUUCCUUGCACAGAAAGACUGGAAGUCAGUACCAUUCUGCCACCGUCCUCCGUCGGACAUGCAGUCUAUCUUGGGUGACGUCGCCAGCCUUCCAUCUAUCCUCGAAGAAAUCGAUCUCUUGCGCAUCAACUUCGACGGAGCAGCUCCGAUCAGAGCCUUGAAACUAAAGGUUGAUGUAUUGAACAUCCUUGAUUGUCUGUCAACAUGGAAAGACCGCUUCGAGAUGGCAACAACGUAUUUGCCAAGCCCCCCAGACAGCGAACAAGAUUCAGAUCAUUCCGACGACCCGGAGCAAUUAUUCUGGUUCCCAAACCUUUUGGCAGCAAACAUCAACGUCCACGUUUGGGCGUUUGAACUAAUUUGUCUCGCGGAGAUGGAAAAGUUGGACUCGUUUCUGAGAGAGCAUGGAUGCUGCACAGAGCUUGAGGACGACUCCUUUGGUGAGAGAGAUAUCCGGACCAGGACAGUAGAAUUGGCCGCCAAGAUUUGCCGAAGCAUCGAGUACCUCAUUCAGGACGAGAUGAGGCUUCAUGGGCCAGCUUCCGCCAUUUUCCCCUUGCAAAUCGCAUUCGAAACUCUGAACAAAAACCAGCGUGCAAAUGCUACAUGUAUCCAGCGUUGCAGGGAAUUCUUCAAGCGUAUUCGCCACAGAGGUUAUCAGGCUAGGCUUCCUCUUUAG